UGGCGAUAGCGGAAAUCCAAUAAUCAGCUGAUGGCCCCUCCGAGUCCCCGUUUCCGUUUUAUAUGGAUAUACAUCACAAGCCCUCUAAAGGCAGCUCAAGCUUUUCUCUUGCAGUUGCCAUUGUUGAUGUGGCUGCUGGCUGCACGCUGCACUGGUUGCUAGGGAAGCUAGAAAGAUUACCCUAAUAACGUGCUUCGACCAAAAAACAAAUAUAAGUAAGAGGGCUUUUGCAGGGCUAGAUACAGGAAUACGUCUGAAAUGGCACAGACAAAGUAUGAAAAAAAAAUGGUGGAAAUGGAUGAUGUUGAUGAUGAUGAAGGUGAAAUAAUGGAUACAUCUAUGGGAUUGGAUGCAAUGAUUGAGGAAUUUCGCUCUGAAGCUAUAACCUCUAAAAACAUUCCUGAGAUGCCAGACUUAGACGACGAAGCCCUAGAGGAAGAGGAAGUAUUUGAAGAAGAAGAAGAAGAAGGUGAAAUAAUGGACGAUACUUCUAUGGAUGCAGAUAAUACAAAAAGUUUUGGCUACUCAUCAAAAAUAGACAAAGUAUCUUCGUCAGCCAAACCUAUUUUCACUACUGGCAUCAACAUUUUCGACAAAAAAAUACAAGAGAAGCUCCAAGAACGUGCCAAAAGGUUUGCAUUGAAACCAGAAGAAAUCAACAGCAUAAACGAUCAAGUUUUGCAAGAUCUUUAUGACAGUCUAGGGAUAGAUUCCAGAAACAAAAAAGAAGUUAAAUUUGAAACUGUUCAUAUACAUGGAUAUGAUAAUAUGUUAGGGAAAGAUGUUGUGGAAUAUUUUGCAAAUUACGCUCCAGAAGGAAUUGAAUGGCUUGAUGACAGAAGUUGCAAUAUUGUUUGGUUGGAUAACGUAUCUGCUGCAAGAGCUUUACAUUUUUUAUCAAGGGCGGUAGAGGGCAUGCCUGCAAGAGCACCUAUAGAAACGUUUCCCAAAGAAUUCUUGAAUAAUGUCGAAGAUGAUGAGCUUGAUGAUGAAGAACCAUAUGGACAGAGCAUCCAGAAUGGUCUCAACAACAGUGUAAUUGCAAAUGAAAUAGCCAAACUAAUUAAGACUAAAAAAAAAUCAUAUUUAGCAAAUGCAGUUGAUAUUGCCGAAAUAUCCAUUACAAUACCACCUGGUUAUUGGAGAUUAGGUAUACCCCACCCAAAAAGUAGAGGUCUAUUAAUGCGAUUUGGAAACAUAACUGAUAAAUAUCCAUUAAAAUCAGAAAAGUGUGAUAAAUAUUAUAAGUUAUUAAGUAAUCCGUCAUCACAAAAGCGCUAUUUAUCAGACACUGAUAAAAAAGGAGUUAAAAGAACUACAAGUAUAUUUGACAAUAAUGAGGAAUUAACUCAAAGCUUAGCUCAAAGCAAAAAUCCAUGGGGCUCAUUGGCGAAGAAUUGGGAUAAAGAUUCAAAAUUUAGAGAAAGAGAUCCAAUAAUGUAUGAGAAUAAAGUUAUAGUACCUGAGCUUAAAAAUCCCAGUUUACAAGCUCGUUUGGGUACUAGAAAAAAAUCUUAUGAUGGAGAACUUGAAAUUCAAGGAGAACCUAACGAAAAGAAAAAUAGUGGGAAGAAAUCGAAAGUCCCAAGAAUGACAAUGUAUGCCGAUGAAGAGGAAUAUAAAAAAAAGGAAAAGCAGAUUUUAACUGCAAUCAGAAAACAUGAAGUUGGACUAAAAAAAAAUAAUGACGAUUUGAGAAAUAUGUUGAGCACUUCAAAGGGAUUAUCACUUAGAAAAGAUAAACUAGAACAUGACCCCAAUGCUGAUUUGGGUUUAACACUUAAAAACAGAAUUAAAAAAAUGUGUUUUGCUGUUGAUAAUGAACCAACAGAGGAUUAUGAUUAUGAUCCAUCAUAUACUUACAUUGAAGGAUCACAUUCUUAUGCUAAUAUCGCAGUACCUAGAAGAAGGUCUUUCGAGAAUAGUUUCACUGAGAGUGAGAAUGAAAGCUCACCAAUGAAAUAUAGAUCACCUUUAUUAAGAUCAAGUACAGAGAGAGAUAUUCCAAGACGCCGUAGAAGGCACAUUCCUAGCAGGAGCAGGUCUCCAGAACGUCGUUUGUAUAGUGAUAGAUUAGAGCCAAGAAAAUCUACUCGUCCUACUCCAUACAGACAUGCUCGUUCUCCUAAAUCAGCUCAUUCCAGGUACAAAAGCUACCCACACAAAGGUAGUGACAGAACUAGAAUAAAAUAUAAAACAGAAUCUAGAGGAUCCAGAGUAGCCUCUACAAUUUGGACAAAACCAGUAGAGCCAUCUGAAAUUGUUCAAAAUUAUGAAGAAUCAGACAAAUCUUCUGCAAGCAGCAGUGAUAAUAGUGAUUCAUUAUCUGAUAGCUCAGAGAGCCAUUCUUCAACAUAUAGGGGGAUAUCUGCAAGAAAUCCUAGCAGACCUGGAUUUCAUAGGAGAAGGUUCAAGAGAGAGAGAACAUGGAAAAAAUAGAUGAUUGCUGCAAAUUCCAUGGAUCUUCAACCAGGAUUCAAGAUCCAUAAUUUUUUUUUUCAUGUUUUUGUUUUAGAGUGAAAAUCAAAUAAGAAGAGUACCUACAGUAAUGUUAUUUUUAUCUGCACAAUCGGAUUAUACAUUUUUCUCUAAUUUUUAAAUGCUUGGUGUCUUUAAAAGCCAUAGUUAGCGUGCCAUUCAUGUACAUCAUCUUGGACAGUCAAUGGCCUCUUGUUUGUUCCUGAACAUUUAGGUACUCUUUAUAGAUUUAUUUUUUUUUUAAUUUACAUAUUUUGACUAUCUAUUUAGUGUGUAAUUUGAUAUCUCCUUAAUAGUGGUUGUCAGAUAAAACGAAAUACAAUCACUGGCAUAGCCAGGGGGGCAGAGGGGCAUUUGCCCCCCCCCACAAUCCUAAAAAUACUGUAAAAAGACCGCUCUGGCAGCGCUCGCGGUGGACCAACAAGAAACACCACUGCAAAUUUGCCCCCCCUACGCCAGUGAAUACAAUAGUUUGUUUUUUUUCAUUAUAGAAACCUCAUUGUAAUUAUAUUUGUUUUAAUUGAGCUAUGCUAAUUUUUUUUAUAAAUCUAUUGGAAAAUAGAGAUAGAUAUAUAUUGUACCUAUACAAUAAUAAUAUAGUUUUUUGUGAAUAAAUAUAUUUAUAUAUAUAACAAACUUCAA